AUGAUUCUCUUGCUUGGGAUAAUUCUGUCGACAAUGAUUCUGACGUUUUCCUUCGUAAGAAGAAUCAACAAGAGGAAGAUGCCGGCAGAAGAGAAUCCAAACAUGGAGCUUGAGAUGUAUUUUCUGCAAAAAUCCGAGGGAGCAGCCUCUUCUGUACUUCUCAGACAACUUGUCAAGGCAGCAGCCUGCUUCAAGGAAAGGGUGAUGAAGUUAGAGAAGGACAUGGAGAUUCUUGGAGUGUUGUAUGAGGACAGGAUGAUAAGUGAGGAGCAUUGGGAAAGAGUUAACGAGGAGAGCAAGAAUUGUGAGGUGGAGAGAAUAUGUAUUGAGUCCGAGGCAAACAUCAUCAAGCCCGGGUAUGGGGAGGAGAUCUUUAAAGAUGCUUCCCGGAUCAGCACAGUGAAUGCGAAGAAGGGGAAAAGCCUUGGAGACGGCAACAGUCUCCAUCAAAAGAAAAAAGAGGUGCUUGAGCUUGAAUUGAUGAGAAAGCUAGGGAUUGCCAAGUAA